UUUCACAUCCGGAAGACUUUGUAAACAAACGGUGUUUGAAUUCAACAAUAAAGCGAAAGGGGCAAUGUUACACCUCCGCCAUGAGACGAGAGGAAAGACGGCGACGUAUCCCGGGUGAAGAACAUGGAGGACGAACGGCGGCAACAGCCGGGAGGGAACCCGGACUGGAUGUCCGGUCUGCCCGAGGAGCUGCUGGAUGUCCCGCUGUGGAACCUGGCCAUACCCGGGAGCCACGAUAGCAUGUCUUUCUGUCUGGACGUGUCCUCCCCGGUGCUGAGGUCGGAGCCCUGCCUCCUCCGAGUGAUCGACCGGCUGCUCCCCUGCUGGACUCGCCCGUGCGUUUACCGCUGGGCCACCACGCAGCAGUCGGUCCUCAGCGAUCAGUGUGAUCUCGGUAUUCGGUUCCUGGACCUGCGGAUCGCCAGGAAGCCGGCAGGAGGCGGCAAGCUGUUCUUCGCCCACGGCAUCUACACGCUGAUGACCGUCAAGGAGGCUCUGGGUGAACUGGCCACCUGGCUGGACGCUCAUCCUAGAGAGGUCGUCAUCAUUUCCUGCUCGCAUUUCGAGUCGCUGACUGACGAGGACCACGCCUGUCUUGUGGAGUACAUCAUCACGCUGCUCGGAGAAAAACUCUGCUCCUCACAGGACACUCCCACGCUGCGUUCCUGUUGGUCCAGAGGUCAGCAGGUCAUUGUUUCCUAUGGAAACCAGCAGGUGGUGCUGCAGCACCCAGAGCUGUGGACCGGAAUCCCUUACUGGUAUGCGGACAGCCCAGACCCCGAGAGGGUGAUCGCUUACCUGGAGGACCAGAAGCGCAGAGGAAGACCAGCUGGUUUUUACGUCAGCGGCCUGAACCUGACAGAAGACGCCCCCUACGUCCUCCUCCAUCCCCUCCAGAGCAUGAGGAGGAUGACAUUGAGCGCUCUCUCACUGCUGCUCAGCUGGGCGAGCAAGCAGCGGCCGGGGCCCGAGGACGGCGGCGUCAACAUCGUCUGCUGCGACUUCGUGGGCGCCAGUCAGUUCUGCUCGCUCGUGGUCGGCCUGAACUACAAGCUCCUGGGCGGACCCAGCACGCCCGCCGCCCGCGGGACACCGGGGGAAGGUGCUGAUGGCCGUUGUCAUGGCAACCGGGCCGGUAAGGGCCGUGUCUGAGAUCCAGCAUACACAAAAAGAAAAAAAAAAACAACUUAGCCCAUUUUUCUCACAAAAAAAUGUCCCAACAACUCUCCCUGUGUUUUUUCCUCCUGUUCACGCUGGUGAGUCUGUGUCUAUAAACUGUGAACGCGCCGUCAACGAUGGCACACCACCGAAUACGUCUGAUCAUCUCAACAUGUUGCACGUUAAUGUUUCACUCUCAGCUCUUGCACUUGGCGCACGGCAUCACCACUGUAUCAUUUUCAAAUUGCACGUAGACAGAUUUUCGGGCGACACUGGCGACCCAGUAUUCAUCAGUUUUCAGCAGUAUACAAACAUGAAAUAGAUGGUUUAUAACACAGUGUAAUGUAGCUGUAUGCGGCACAUUUGCAGUUUUCACCGAUGUGCGGAAUUUUUCAACAAUUGUACCAUGUUGUCGUUAACUGUCUGCCUCCACUCUUGUGGCUACAGGAGCAGCUGUUGACAAAUACAUAAACACGUACAUCGGCUCACAAAUACACAAGUGUGUUAAACCAUUUAUUGAAUGUUUAUAAAGUGCUUAAAGUAUUGCCAUUUUUCUUUGUGUACUUCAAUUUUGUACUUUAAAAAAAAAAAAAAUUAUUUAAUUUUACCGCAUGUGAAUUCAGAUGUUGGCAUUUGGAAAAUGCACUUUCUUA